AUGCGAGAGCAUGGUAAACUCCUCGCCGAGGAUGAGUUGCCUGAUGGAGUGCCCCUGGUGUCGCACCCUUUAUGGACAAAGCUGGCCCAGUUUUUAGCAUUCACUUUGUGGCAACGGAAGCAAGUGCGUGGACGCCGCCACAUCAACUUGCUGGAGAUCGAAGCUGUUUUAGAUGUGGAGCGAAAGCUGGCUGACAGAUUUUCUUCUUUGCGAUACUUGCUGGGAGCUGAUUCGCAGGUAGCUUUGGCAGCUCUGACAAAGGGGCGGUCCAGUUCAGACCGCAUCAAUGAUCUGCUGGAAGGAAGCUUAGCUGUUUACCUAGGGCAUGAUCUCUACGGAAGUUAUGGGUAUGUCCCAUCGCUGGCCAAUUGUGUUGACGAUCCAACCAGAGAGAGACCGUUGAGAGCUCCGGAGAAAAAUGCUCCAGACUGGCUAGUUGAAGCGUUAGGAGGGAAUUUUGAGCUUUUUGAUGAUUGGUUGAACCAGCUGGGUUACGACCCCCAACAACUCGCUGGCUUACCUUUUGCCAACGCUUUUUGUACAGAUGCUGAAGUGGUCAAUGACGAAAUAAUUAAACCUUUGCGUGCCGUAGCAAAGCCCGAAAGGUUGAGAACCUUUGACAAUGUACAGAGCAGCGGUAGCACCGUAGCAGUAGGUGUAGAGUCUUGUAGCUCAGGAAACUUAAAAGAGAACAACAAGAGAGCUGAAAAAGAGUCUGAGGACCAAACCAAGAGUGAAAAGAAGAGCCCUACAAAAACUGAAAGCACGGAAGUGCGGGCCACCAGUCAUUUUGUUGCUUCAAAAGAGGUAGCUCCUCCUCUGAAAGAAAAAGUAACUAGUUUGCCGCAGUCUGACUGCAGCGGGAAAAAGUUCGAGAUUGGGGAGAACUCCGACCUGCCGGAGCUUAGUGAUGAAGCCCGAGCCCUUUUACAAGAGUUCAUGCCUUCUCAAUUUUUUCUACCCGGAGGACGCCGGGCCAAACAGCACUGCGAGUUCCGACGAAAAGGCUUUUUGGACCUUUUCAGUGGCAAGGCGGGGGUGGCCAAAAGUUUGAGUAAACGUUUUGGUGUUUGGGUGCUCACCUUUGAUUUUGAAAGAGGUGAGGAGCAGAACCUUUUAAACCCAGAACUGAGACAGAAGAUCGUAGCCAUGAUGCGAGCCGGCUGUUUUGUCGGUCUGGGAGCUGCUCCCGAAUGUGCGUCCUUUUCACGCGCUGUCACACCAGCAGUCAGAACGGCACUGAGACCUGAGGGCAUUGAGCAGAUGUCGAAGAACAUGCAGCUGAAGGUAGCCGUGGGCAACUCUCAUGCCAGUUUCAUUUUAGAAGUCCUUAAGUUAGCUGAAUCACUUGGCCUUGCUUGGUGGUGUGAAAACCCGGAUGGCUCUUUUUUAUGGCUGCUUCGAGGCUUCAUUGAAGCUGGUUUUGGUCACUGGUCGAAAAGUUUCCGGUUCGAUCAGUGUCGCUACCGUACAAGGUGGCGAAAGAGGACGCGCAUAGCUACCAGCACAGCGCUUCAAGGAGUACGGGAGCUCUGCAAAGGUGGACACUCCCAUCAGCAUCUGCGUGGCAGAUGUGCUGCUUUGAGAAGUUCCUGGACGCAUGUUGCCCAGACUUAUCCUCGUGACCUGUGCUAUGACCUAGCGACAGCCCUAGCGCAUCAAGUAGGUUUGCUCCCGAAGCAAAGCACCUCCUUGAAGCUGAAGAUUGGAGCAUGUGCACAUUGCGGCGAAGGCCGCAUUGGAGAAGCGGCCAAUCCUGGACCUGGCCGGCAUCAACCUGGCCGACGUGAUGCUAGAGAGUUACUCAACACUCGUCUGGUGGAAGACCAGACUUACAAACUGCAGAAUCGCAUCUGGUGGCGUUUUCAAGCUUGGCUGAGUCAGCAUUUGAGCUUCGAGACCAGAGAACAACUCUUCCUUUGUCCUGAGGUUGCGGUGAUGUUCCUUAAGAGGUACGGCUUGCACCUUUAUAGCACUGGAGGCAGACUUUACGAGCUUAGACACUUGCUCGUCCUGGUUCAGCAAGAGUUUCCAAAGGUACGAGCCGAAAUUGCCCCAUGCUGGCAGCUGGUUUCAAAAUGGGAGGUAGCACAGCCUCUUAAACAUAGACAGCCUCUGCCCGAAAGCCUGUUCAAAGCCAUGUUUGCGAUUGCCAUGUUGUGGAAGUGGACUAGGUGGGCUGCCUCCUUGCUCCUUGGGUACGAGGGUAUUGCCAGGAUCAGUGAAAUCCUCUCAGCUACACGGGGAGAUUUGGUGCUGCCCAGUGACUCUUUUGAUGAUGCAGUUUGCGUAGCUUUCCUGAAAAUACGAAAGCCAAAGAGCAGAAAACGGGGAAUAGGUAGGAUUCAGCAUGUCCGAGUUUCAACUGAGCCAGCUGUGAAGUUUUUAGAGCGCCAUUUUGGGCAACUCGAUGCUGGAGUGAGACUGUUCCCUCGAUCAGCAGCAGCUUUUCGAAGCCGUUGGGAUCGAAUUUUAGAAGUUUUGAAAAUUCCGGUCAACUGCAGACCGACCCCAGCAGGGAUUAGAGGUGGAGGCGCCAUUUUGGCUUACAAGCGCAAUCGGCCCAUCCAGGACAUUUUGUGGGCGAUGCGGUUGACCUCCAUUCAUACCUUAGAAUCAUAUCUGCAAGAGACUGCUGCAGAUUCACUUUUGGUCAGGCCUCGAGCUCCGGCUGAUGGCGCAAAGAGCGGCGUGCCACAUCCUGGGACGAUUCUACUGGCCCCCUCCAGGAAUGGCUCCAAUGGUCUGGAUUUGCCAAUGAUCGAUCAGAUCUGUCGUUCGAGUUUUCAAGUGCAGAAGGCCCUCCAGCGUUGGCAGCGCGAUGCCUUGGCGGCGCACCGGCUCCUCUGGGACCGGCAGAGUCGGCACCGCGCGCGCUGUCGGGCGCAGCUCUGGCGCCAGAGGACCCAAGGCUCUGGAUCCGAAGCUUCGCCACGGCUGGAAGUGGAUGAGACCUUCGGUGAGAAGCCUUCCGGUUCACCCACCGGUGGUCCUGUCAACGAAGAAGGCCUCCUUCCCGGCGUUCGCAUCACCGACACCGACGACGGCGUGGCGAGCCUCGGCCUCGCGGGGCCCGCGGGGCCCGCGGGGCCGGCCAGCGAGCGUGGCAAGCUGUCGCCGCGCUCAUCUCCACGGGGAUCGAUGCCAGCGAGGCGACAUGAAGAUCCAAGGAGCUGA